GGUGUCUACCCGGAGGAGCAGGUGGAGGAGCUUUGGCGCACCCGCAUGGCAAAGACUCGACCUCGGCUGUUGCAAGACGCUUCUGCGGAGAGCCGGGCCGAUCGCAGCUUUGUGCUGAAGGCGGUGCGACUGCGCGGCCCUGAGUUGCGCCAUGCCGCGCCCGAGUUCAAAAAGGACAAAGAGGUAGCUUUGGCUGCGAUAGCAGAGGACUGGAUCUCCUUGGAUUACGUUGCUGAGGAGUUAAUGUCGGAUAAAGAGGUGAUCCUCAUGGGUCUUCGGCAAGACUGGGAGGCCAUCACUUAUGCUUCAGAAGACUUACAGUCUGAUGAGGAUGUGGCGGUGGCUGCGCUGACACAAUCAGUCAUGGCCCUCAAAACCGUCCCUGAGGCCUUGUGGCAGCGUCCCGCCGUGCGCGCCGCAAUCCUGGCGGCCGUGCGCAGAGACCCCGAGCCCCUCCGCUACUGCCCAGAGGCCGUUCGCAAAGAGCGUGACAUCAUGCUGGAGGCAUUGAAGGCUCAACCGAGAUUUACUUCGGAGGUUGACCCAGAAUUGCUGAAGGAUUCACAGUUCGCUCUUGCUGCAGUUCAAGGCAAUUGGGAGGUAUUGGAGUGCCUCCCAAAGAAAUAUACCAACGACAAGGAGGUGGUAGCUGCGGCGAUUAGCCAAAGUCCAUACUCCCUCCGAUUGGCCAGCACAGAACUUCGAGGGGAUCGCUCACUGGUUCUGGACUGCGUGCGCCAGAGCUCCGGCGCCCUGCGCUACGCUGCUGAUGAGCUUCUUGCAGAUGCCGAGGUUGUCCUGGCAGCUGUGCGGCAGGAUGCUCAAUGCCUGCGGCAAGCGCAUGAGUCCCUGCGGAAUAACAAGGAGCUCAUUCUGGAAGCUGUUCGCAUAUCUGGAGUGUCUCUGCAGUAUGCGUCAGCGACGUUGCAAGAUGAUCGCGAGGUCGUGCUUGCUGCCGUGCAGCAGAGCGGUCACGCGUUGGAGUUUGCCAGUGACGCGCUACGCUGUGACCGUGAGGUGGUGUUAGCUGCGGUCGGUCAAGACAAGCGAGCCAUGUCGCAUGCGGGCAAGGAGCUCCGUGCCGAUGUGGAGGUACUCCGGCUCGCUCGAGGAGGGAAGCUGAAAGCAUCUCCCCAAUGA